GACUUAAUCUCUUACACAACCCUACCUUUUCUUCAUUCUGCUUGCAUCUAGCUUGUGUGCGGAUAUCCACACGUUUCUCACUUUUUAAAUUUGUUUUUAGCAGUACAAGGCCUAGGAAAUGAGUGGGGACCAUUCCCAUAACGAGGACCAGAUCGACUUCUCCUCUCGAGUCAAUGACUCUCAUAAGCAUAAAGACAAGUAUAAAGAUAAGGAGUAUAAACAUAAGGAACACAAGAAGGACAAGGAACGGGAGAAAUUAAAGCAUGGCAACAGUGACCACAAGGACAUGGAGAAGAAAUACAAGGAAAAGGAGAAAAUGAAGCACAAAGAUGGCAGCACAGACAAACACAAAGACAAGCACAAGGAAAAGAGAAAAGAGGAGAAGAUGAAGUCCCUUGAUGGUAAAAUCAAGAAAGAAAAGGAAAACGGCUUUGCCAGCCCACCACAUGUGAAGUCUGAGCCAGAUGAUGAUUACCACUCUCCUAAAUAUGAGAAAUCUAUAAAAAGAGAGAGGGACAAUGAUUACGAAGAGGAAUUCAAGCCUAAGAAGAUAAAGACAGAAAACGAUAAGAAGGUCAAGAAAAGGAAACAAGAGGAUGAGGACAUUAAAUCCAAAAAAACAAAAGGCAAAAAAGGAGAAGCAACUGAUGGGAAGAAGAAAGCAAAGCAAGAACCAGAGGAGAAGUGGAAAUGGUGGGAAGAAGAGAGAUACACCGAUGGUGUCAAAUGGAAGUUCCUCGAACACAAAGGACCAGUGUUUGCCCCACCCUAUGAACCCCUGCCUAGCAAUGUCAAGUUUUAUUAUGAUGGUAAACAUAUGAAGCUGAGCAAAGAAGCGGAGGAAGUGGCCACCUUCUUUUCUAAGAUGUUGGACCACGAGUACACUACCAAGGAUAUCUUCCGUAAAAAUUUCUUUAAGGACUGGAGAAAGGAAAUGACUUCUGAGGAAAAAUCUGUAAUAACAGACCUGAAUAAGUGCAACUUCACUGAGAUGAGCGAGUAUUUUAAAGCUCAGUCUGAAGCAAGGAAAGCCAUGACAAAAGAACAAAAACAGAAAAUAAAAGAAGAAAAUGAGCGAAUCCUGCAGGAGUACGGUUUCUGUAUUAUGGACAACCACAAGGAGCGCAUCGCAAACUUCCGCAUUGAGCCGCCCGGCCUGUUUCGUGGUCGAGGAGACCAUCCAAAAAUGGGGAUGCUCAAAAGGCGCAUUAGGCCUGAGGAUAUCAUCAUAAACUGUAGCAAGGACUCAAAGUACCCCACACCUCCUCCGGGCACUAAAUGGAAAGAAGUUCGCCACGACAACAAAGUGACUUGGUUGGUUUCGUGGACAGAGAACAUCCAGGGCUCCACCAAGUACAUUAUGUUGAACCCUAGCUCCAGAAUCAAGGGGGAGAAGGAUUGGCAGAAGUAUGAAACGGCUCGUCGACUGAAGAAGUGUGUGGACCGUCUCAGGGCACAGUACCGGGAAGAUUGGAAGUCCAAGGAGAUGAGAGUCAGACAAAGGGCCGUGGCGCUCUACUUCAUUGACAAGCUGGCUCUGAGAGCAGGAAAUGAGAAAGAAGAAGGUGAAACAGCAGAUACGGUGGGCUGCUGCUCCCUAAGAGUCGAACAUCUCAAACUGCACCCAGAAAAUGAAGGUCAGGAGUAUGUGGUGGAGUUUGACUUCUUGGGUAAAGACUCGAUCCGCUACUACAACAGGGUCCCUGUGGAGAAAAGGGUUUUCAAGAACCUUCAGUUGUUCAUGGAAAACAAAGAACCUGAUGAUGACCUUUUUGAUCGUCUAAACACUUCUAUUCUGAACAAGCACCUUCAGGAGUUGAUGGAUGGUCUCACUGCUAAAGUUUUCCGUACAUAUAACGCUUCAAUAACCCUGCAGCAACAACUGAAGGAGCUCACUACUGCUGACGACAACAUUCCAGCUAAGAUCCUGUCCUACAACCGGGCCAACAGGGCUGUGGCCAUUCUGUGUAACCAUCAGAGAGCCCCUCCAAAGACAUUUGAGAAGUCUAUGCAGAACCUGCAGGCUAAGAUCGAUGCCAAGAAGGAUCAGCUAUGUGAUGCUAAGAGAGAACUAAAGAGCGCUAAGGCUGAUGCCAAAGUACGGAGAGAUGAAAAAUCCAAAAAGGCAGUAGAAACCAAGAGAAAGGCUGUUCAGAGGAUAGAGGAGCAGCUGAUGAAGCUGGAGGUUCAGGCAACUGAUCGUGAAGAGAACAAGCAGAUUGCCCUGGGGACUUCCAAACUCAACUACUUGGACCCACGCAUUUCUGUGGCCUGGUGUAAGAAAUGGGGUGUUCCCAUUGAGAAGAUCUAUAAUAAAACUCAGCGUGAGAAAUUUGCUUGGGCAAUUGACAUGGCUGACGAAGACUAUGAAUUUUAAAUCCUGGUUUAUUUAUCAAUGAUGGACGUUUUUUUUAUUGACUACUUGUGUUUUUUAGCCUUCAUAAAUUUCGCUGUGGCCAGAACCUUACGAGGAAUUUUAAAGCUUGUGCAGGGAAUAAUGGAAGAAAUGAGGCCAUUUUUGUGGAUAUCCAGAAACCUCUGAUCUAGCGUCUGGUACCGAGACUGAACUGCGUCCACAAUGGAGAGUCGAGGCAUAGUCCCAGUAAUUUGAAGACUCCCUGACUUUUCUCUCUGUCCCUCCUCAGGGACAAAACUUGACAGUGCUUUGAAUUCUGUGGUCCUAUCGCUUCUGUGUUACGCAAAAAAAACCUCUAAAUGCUUUGUACCAUUUUAUUUUUGUUCACUUGCUCUGUAUUUUAGCCCGACCAUGUAUUAUUGAUAUAUUCUAUAUUUUGUUAGAGAAAGUAAAAUGAAAAAGAAAUCCUUAACUGCACCCACACGCCUUCGAUGAAAGUGGAAUCAUGAGCAUGUGUGUGUGUGUUUGUGUGUAACCAAGGCGCUGCAGCGGCAAAAUCUGUCUGGGUGAUUAUUUUAAACUGGACUAUGUUGAUAGAGAGAGAGAGAGGGAAUGUCUGCGCAGGCAAAGGGGAAAUAUUGCAACUAUGUCAAUAUUUACUUAGGCAAGCAGAAUGUGAAUAUAUUAUUUUACAGUUUCUAUCAGGGACUUUUUCUGUUACUUCACUGUAAAUGUGAACUCAUCAUUUUCUCUCAUUUCCCUCCAUGUUAGCAGCAUCCUCUCAAUCUCUGCAUAUGUAUGAUUUUAUUUUUUUUAAGGUAGUUUAGCUGUUGUUCAAAAUACUUCCAACUUCCAUAUCUCUUACUUGAACGUCACAGAUUCAAAGUCGGUGAAGAAAUGUGUUGAGGUAUGUUAACUUUGCCAAAAAAAACAACAACAA